CGUGACUUGUAAUUACAAAUAGCACCGGGCAUUAUUUCACCAUUACCAAGCGACGCAUAGCGUGUGACGAAUCGUCCGUAACGGUCGAGUUUGAGCUGGAAGAGAAAACAACACCUUCCGAAGACGGAGAACUUCAGCGCCGUGUAAGCCUUUCCGUCAUCGUCAUCACCAUUACAGCGCUUUCGCCCCCAUCGUCCCAUCAUCUUCGCGAAAAAACACCUGUGUCUUGAGCGUCUAGCCGCGCAUCGGUGGGCGCACGUGCCACACGCAGUGUAUACAUGUACUUAACCCCGAUGCCGAGUGCGGCAGACAGACCUUGAAAAUAAAGAAUAGGAGACGUCAUCACACAACGGAUACGGGACAUACCAGGCGUGGAGGUUAUUCUCCUUAUUCAUAAUCCAGACGACAAACGUGUAUAUAUAUUGGUAAGGAUCAGAGGUGUACCGAUCAGUCGUGUUGACGUCGCACUUAGCGAAGGGGAACCUCGAUUGUUGUUUGUUGUGGUGUACGACACUCGCAGUGAGUACAUGCGCGCCCCUAAAGCCUAAAGAUUAGUUUUUUAUCGUGACUUCGUUCGCUUCUUUGAAACUUCACCAUGAACACAGUAGCCGCACCCUUGGAAAACGGCUUCUGCAACGGCAACGACGAGGGCGUCGUCAGCGCCAAGAGAAUCAAACUCGGCCCCCAGCAAGCGAACGAGAGCUGCAAGCCAACAAAACCGGCUGCAGCAGCCGCUGUGAACGCGAACGGCCACCCGACGGCAAAGUCAACGGAGAGGCGGAAGAGCGCCACUGCGUGUUCCUCAGAGAAUUUCAGGGUGGCCGAGAAUGGACACCAGGAUGUGAAUAAUGAGGAGAAGGACCACCCAACUUCGUCUGCCGCGCUAAUUAGAAGAAACCAAGACGGCGAAAUAUCAGACGGCUACUUAACGACGGACGACUGGAAGACAAAGUGGGAAAGAGGAAAGACAAAGUUCCACAAGACACAAGUUCACGGUAUGUUGAAAAAGCACUACCAACGACUCGUCCAAGGGAGAGAUGCGCCAAGAUUCCUAGUUCCCCUCUGCGGAAAGACGCUCGAUAUGAUUUGGCUGUUAGAACAAGGUUGUGGAGUUGUAGGUUGCGAUGUCGUGGAGCUGGGAGUCCAACAGUUCUUUGUUGAAAACAAAUUGGAAUAUACAACUGAAACGCUGAAGGACAUAGAUGGAACCGUGUAUAAGGGCAAAGACGAGGACAUCACCAUAUACUGUGCCGAUUUCUUCAAGCUCUCGAGCGCCCUCAUCGGCCAGUUCGACUGCAUUUGGGACCGAGGCUCCAUGGCAGCCAUUAACCCCAGUGACAGAAAGAGAUAUUGUGAUGUCAUCAGUGAUGUAUUGAAGCCCGACAGUCGUUACCUUUUAGACAUUUUCGAAGUCCCUCAUGAUGUCUUUUCGGGGCCACCGCACAACAUCGACCCAGAGGAAAUUACACAGCUGUUUGGUGAUGUGUGCCGUGUGGAACAGCUGGAGCAUGUGGAUGCUAUGAACCCCUGGUCCAAAACAUGGGGUGUGGCCUACUUCUACGAAAACAACUUCCUUCUGACCAGGAAAAAGUGAACAGGUUCAUUAUAGGGCGGCGGCAAAAAAAUUUCGUCAAGGAAUGAGACAAAAAGUCCCGGCUUGACAUCGACAACAACUGUUGCUCAUUUAAAGUUGGGAAAACUUCGUGUACACUGUUGGCAAGUGGUGAUGAGCUUCAUUAAUUUGACAACCAGACUUGCGAAGUACAUUGACGUUGGGAAGAAGCAUACAACAGGUACCAAGAAGCGUGCAACUGAGUAUUAAUUGAGAGUUAUAAUUCUUCAACAGUAUUCUGAUUGGCAAUUUUUUUUAAAGUAAAAUAUGAUGCGAUUCUGCCCACUAACUCAGACAGACUCUCUCAUUUUUGUGUCCAACCUCCUCAUUCUUUUCACAUGUUGUUAAAUUAACACUUUUUCCAGCAUGCACUUAAGAACUGUAGGGCGCACUUUGGGAAGGAGUUAUUGUCCUGAAUUUGCCCAACCGUUGUAAAUACCAUUUGUUCUUAUUUACGCACAUUUAACGUAUAUUCCAUCAUGAGACAGUUGAGUGUCCAAUAAAAACUUAAUCUCAUAUAAACUGAAUUGCACGUCAUUUUGUAGGGUGUAAAAAAGCUAUAUCCCAUCAUAGGAGUCCCAUCAUGAACGGCUGAUAAUGAUAUCAUUUGAUUUUUUACGAUGGAGGCAUUGUUUAACGUAUGCAUCAAAAGUUUAACGUAUGGAUGCAUUUCACAACCUUAAUGUUUUCAAACAACGAUAUUCUGGGUCCGUUAAAGACGAUAUAUCAGUUUCGACUCCUUUUUCGGUGUAGUAGUCUUGUUAUGAAAGUUUCUAAAUAAUGAUUAGCAUCAGCCCUUGUGUUGGAAAUGUGACUACUCAGAGAUUUUAUUUCCUUAAUUAAGUACAAAGAGUUUUACGGAAAAAUACUGUCAUGUGUUAUUAAUUGUCUUAUUAAAAUAUAUAAAGCUGUACAUAAAGAUUUAAGUAGAGUGUUCUCGGAUGGGGGUUAUAGUAACAUUAAACGUUUAUACUGAAGCUAAAGAUCAGAA